UCUGAAAGAUGGACAGUCAUCCGGGCUUUGGAGUUGCAGAUUACUGUAUUUUUGGAGCCUCGGUGAUCAUUUCUUUGGGAAUCGGAAUCUUUUAUGCAUUUUCCGGUGGAAGACAGCGCACGGCUGCCGAGUAUUUGGUCGGCAACCGUCAAAUGAAGAUGCUGCCUCUUACUCUGUCCCUGGUGGUGUCUUUCGAGUCCUCCAUCAUGAUGCUUGGGCUUCCCGCGGAGACAUAUGUCUAUGGACUUCAGUACAUAUGGUACAAUGUGGAAGUCAUGGCCGGUCUUUUUAUUGGCGUUUUAAUUGUGGUGCCUUUGAUUUAUCCCUUAAAGCUAACCAGCGUGUAUGAGUAUAUGGAGCUGCGUUUUCAAUCAAAAUGGGUUCGAAUAUUCGCGAUGAUACAAGGGACCCUGUAUUACAUAAGAAUGAAAUACAAUGUUAAUAGUAAAUAA